AUGAGCCUGCCUGUUAUUAGAGUCCGCCUCACAUAUCUGCGCAUACAAGACCGUCGCAAAUACAACCCCGGGACGUCCAAGUUCCAAGAUGCCCGACGAAAGCUGAGCACCGUUUCCGAGUGCAAUGGCACCGCCCUCGAAGCUCUUGAUCUCGAGUCGAAACUCAAUCACCCUGACUCGGAGCCGGAAUGUCCCAUCUGCAUUGGUCCACUGUUCGUCUCAAGCAACCGCAAUGCGGCCGAAGCAGUACCGAAGCGAGCAAUCCCUUUGAACGCUCCCGGUUCCGAUGGGGACCACUGUGUUCCAGAAGGAAGUGGAGGAGAGCCAAGCCGGUAUACGGUCGGAGGCUCGAGUGAUGGCUGUGGUGUAAAGGCCGCGCCGCUAAAUUGGAGUGUGCCGUGGCCAUGGAAGCGCAAAUCGUCCAAGCCGGCAAGCGAACCGUCCGAAGAUGAUAUUUUGACGCUCAGAAACUGUCAGCAUGCUUUCCACGCAAAAUGUCUUUCGUCAUGGUUUCUGAUUGAGCGAUUUGAUUGUCCUGUUUGCCGCAGUCAAUAUUGGCAGACCCGGGAGAAUCGAGCGAGGGCGGCAACCGCACCGCCGGUGCCGGUGCCGGCGCCGGAAGACGGGUCUGUGGAGGACGGAUCGGGCAUUACACCACCUGUACCGGCUCGACUUGUGGCUGGGCGGAUGGCGGUGCGUGUGAUGUGA